AUGAGCGCGGCCGAAUCACCUUCAGGUGUUGAACAAGUCGCAUCUUCCGCCGCGCGACGCAAAUCCGGACGCGUAUCCAAGAAACCUGCCAGAUUCGCGCCGGGCGCAAGUCCAACUGGCAGCUCGAAGCGCAAGCGCGGCGAUGACAAUGAUAGCGGGGUCGACGCGAAUGAGCCGCCAUCUGAGGAAGAGUCUGAGGAAAGCAGCGAGGGCGAACCGGAUGAGGAGGAAUUGAGGGAGCGCAGGCGCAAGAAGAAGGCCAAGGCUCCGGGGCGCAAGCCUGCAUCCAAGAAGGCAAAAACGAAUGGCGAUAGCGUCAGUCUGGCGAUUCGGCCCGCCAACAAUGCGAUCAAGAAAGUGUCCAAGCGACCACGAAAAGCGCCUGUACGCAAGAGCGCGCUACCGGAUGAGACAGAAGGACUAUACGCCGACGUGUUUGCCAGCGGAGACCGACUCGAAGAUGUCACUGCACGAUGGGUCGCGCGAUUCAAUGAGCAUGAGGCAAAAGCACUAGCUGAGGUUGUCAACCUGGUGCUGCAAGCUUCUGGUUGCGAUCUGCGAAUAAACGAAGAUGACAUAGCAGACCCAGACAACGCGCCAAAUCGCGUAGCCGAAAUCCAGGAAGAAUUCCAACAGUACGAAGUUACAGAGUAUCCGUUGAUCGCAAAGGCAAAAGACGGCGGUGGUCAGGCUUUCAGGAACGCGCUACACGGCUUCUUCGUUACUCUGAUACAAACGGUGGCGCAGUCGGGCCUCCUGUACGAGAGUGCAGAGCUCAUCGAGAACAUCUCGGUGUGGCUGGGCGCCAUGUCUUCCACCGGCAACCGCCCUUUCCGUCACACGAGCACGGUUGCUUCAUUAGCCAUCACGACCGCACUAGCACAAGUUGCUGCCGACCUCGUCGAGAACACAGCCAAGCGUGUUCGUCAAAGCGAAGCGGAAGCCAAGAAGUCAAGAGUUAAUAAAGCCCGUGUCUCUGCGGCGGAUCACGAGAUAGAAGAGUACAACCAAAAGUUGGAAUUCGUAAGCGGUCAACUAGACGACUGGUUCGCGGCGGUCUAUGUGCACCGGUAUCGUGAUGUGGAUCCCAGGAUCAGGGUAGACAGUGUGGCAGCCCUAGCAGACUGGAUCAUUGCAUACCCCGACAAGUUCUUCGAUGGUACUAAACUUCGCUACUUGGGCUGGGUGCUUUCAGAUCCAGUUCCAUCGACACGGAUCGAGGUUCUUCAUCAGCUUGCGCGAUUGUUUAAAGAUGAGAGUAAGCUGGCGGGACUAAAGACUUUCACAGAACGCUUUCGGCCACGUAUUGUCGAGAUGGCUACGCAAGAUGCUGAGAUCAACGUUCGUGCUGCAGCAGUAGACUUGCUCGACAUCCUCCGAGAAGCCGGCUUCCUUGAACCCGAUGAUAUCGAUUCGGUCGGCAAACUCAUCUUCGACUCCGAUGCAAAGGUCCGCAAGGCUGUCGUAGGCUUCUUCGCUGAGAACGUCAACGCCGCGUACGAAGCCAUUGUGGAGGAUAUGGGCGGUGAAGAAGCUCUCAACGAAGCCUUGGCACCGCCCGAGGAAGAAGAAGAGGAGUAUCACAACCCGCGACUCGAGUGGCUGAAGCUGAAAUGUCUUGUCGAUCAGCUGCUCUCGUACGAUGAAGACCAAGAGGAGCUGCCCUCACAAAUCCAGCGCAUGUCACCUGGCACAGAAUUACUCUUGAUUGCCUCUGGCGUUGAGUCACGGCGCUCACUCGCUGCACAAGCGUUGUAUGAUGUUAUUUCGGAGAUCCGAUCAUGGGAGGUCGUAGCUGGUUAUCUUCUCUACGACCACUCUCAGACUGUCCGGGGCGACAGUGAAGACCCCGAAACCAUGCUCCGCCAAACAUGUCAGCUGGAAGAGAAGCACGAGACCAUUCUGUUAGACAUUCUGAGUGCAGUGGUCCGCAUCAAACUGCAGCGCUUAGCAGAAGUACAGAAGGACAAGAAAAAGACCAAGACGCAGCGCGAAAGCGACAAAGAAGACCAAUCGGACAUGGCUCGACGACUCUCAUUGCUCAUUCCUCAGCUCCUAAAGAAAUUUGGUGCUUUGCCCGAAACAGCAGCACUUUGUCUCCAAUUAGAGCGUGAGCUAAACCUGGAUGUCUUCGAAGAGUUAAGACAGAACGCAGCUCUCACUGCCCUGCUCGAUGACAUCAACAAGCAGUUCCUCACACAUCACAACGAGCGUGUUCUUGGAGAAGCUAUCAAGUCGAUUUUACAUGCUCAAGGAAGUGAAGAGCUGAGAGAAACCGUCGAUCUCAAAGUGCAAGUUCUCUGGGAUGACUUGAUCAACACAUUUGACGCUCUUCGACGAGACAAGGAUCUCUCUGUCCGAGGCAACCUCGAUCAAAAUAUUCUUCGUGGGGUAUCAAAUGUGGUACUGAAAAUAGCGCAGCUAGUAACGGUCUCAGACGCUUCUGUGCUCGAUCAGCUCCCCGCCCCUGCCAAGUCAAAGGGUAAAGGCAAGAAAGCUGCCUUGAAGACACCGCCUAUCGACUCGGUACUGCAGAUCCUAGAGCGCGGGGUGCCAGUUGAGGAUUUGAACGCAGAGAUCGAGGAGGCAGACGACACUCUUGUCCGUCAUGCAAUGUCGGUCAUGCUCAUGUACUUCAUGUGGAAGUGCAGAGAUUGCACCACGCAUGUCGAGGAGGGUACCAGCAUGUCGGAAGACGAACUCAUGGCACUGGUUGAGCGAAGAGAUACCUGCGUUACAACACUGAUGAGAGUUAUGGAGAGCCGAAAAGGCACAGAUGAAGUACGGCUCAACGCUGCGAACCUGUUGCUAGACAUUUACACCAUGUUCUGCACACUUCGGGUCAAGAAGGGCAAGCUCACAAAGACGCCAAAGAAGACACAAGGUCGCGCUUCAAACUCAGCCAACGAUGACUGGGAGGCUCUCUGCCGAGACAUUGAUAGUAACACUACGAAGCUCAUCCUACAAAUCCUCACGGCCUGGGAAAACCACUUGGCUAAGCUCACCAACAAGCGUCUCGAAGAGCCCGACAUUGACGACGAUCCCAUCGACCCAGACGACGAUCCUGAGAGCGACGAAGAAGACGGCGCGGACGAACAUGGCGUUUCCGAAAAGCGAGUACGCGCCGCGCUUGCAGAGCAAUCGCUCGACGCAUUUGGUGGGCGUAUCGUCCACGCCGUCCUUGUCGGCGCCCUUGACAGCGAUGGUUCGGGGACAGUGCGCAAGCGUCUCGAGCGUAACAAGAUGAAACUCACACCCACUUGGAAGGAAAUCGUGAACCAUCUCGAUGUUGUCAAGCAGCGCAAAGUUCCCAAGAAGAGUGGUGCAAAGUCGGCCAGGCCGGAUGCUAAAUCGGCUAAGAGCGCAGAAGUUAUUGAAGUGGACAGCGAUGAGGACGAAGAGCAGGAGCAGGAGGAACCAGAACACGAGGUCCCUGGCGACGAGAUUGAGGAUGAAGAAAUGGCUGAUGACGACGCUGAGCAGACGAAUGGUGUGCAAGAGGGUAGUGAGAACGGCGAGGCGGAGGAGGAGACUAGCGGCCGCACAGACCAAGCCCACACAAUAUUCGAAAUCGACAAUCCCACCAUCGUGAACCGACAAGCCUACGCACGCCCGAUUGAUCUCCGCCGACGACACAAGUCAAUACUCAAGCGACAAUCCCCGUCAAAACCCUUCAAACCACACAUCAUGUCUCACGAGUCGGUCUGGUACUCCCGCCCUAGGACUUACGGCAAGGGCUCCCGCGAGUGCCGCGUCUGCACCCACCCUGCUGGUCUGAUCCGCAAGUACGGCCUCAACAUCUGCCGUCAGUGCUUCCGUGAGAAGAGCUCCGACAUUGGCUUCGUCAAGCACCGUUAA